UGUCAUGACAGUGGCGUCACUAAAUUGGACAAUGAACGACGUUUUUGAUGCCACACGGAAGACUUAACAUAACAAACAAGAUGGCGUCUAUCGGUGUAAAACUUUAGCUAACAUUUUUGUUUUAAAUGAAUAUUAGCUUUUUUAGUUUAAAUUACUGGCAGUGCGCCAAACCAGUUUUGUUGCAUCAUGUCAUUGGCAACAAUUAAUAAGUACGAAUUUGACCUUACACAAACUGUUAAAGCGGACGCCAAAGCCCAAGCGUUUCCAUGCGGACAAACAACCUCCACAGCCAGACAUUUAACCCAGGAGGAGCUGGACAAAUUGAGCAGCGAUGAGGCUCUGGUGUCCGACUUUAAACAGAUGAAACUGGAAAAAGAAGCUCAAAAAAACUGGGACUUGUUUUACAAAAGAAAUACGACAAAUUUCUUUAAAGACAGGCACUGGACCAUCAGAGAGUUUGAGGAGCUCAGAGCACACAGAGAGUUUGAGUCCCAGAAGCUGGUUCUACUGGAGGCUGGUUGUGGAGUAGGAAACUGCAUCUUCCCGCUAAUAGAGGAAGACCCCCACAUCUUUGUUUAUGCAUGUGAUUUCUCACCCCGGGCUGUUGAGUUUGUCAAAAAAAAUCCUCUUUACCACCCUGAGCGCUGCUGUGCCUUCCAGUGUGAUUUAACAAAGGACCAUCUGACGGAAAAUGUUCCAGAGGGCAGCGUUGACGUUGUUACUCUCAUCUUUGUCCUGUCGGCCGUCCAUCCCGAUAAGAUGAAACUGGCUUUGGAGAACAUUAGCAAGGUACUGAAGGCUGGCGGAGUAGUCCUGUUCAGGGAUUAUGGCCUGUAUGAUCACGCCAUGCUCCGGUUUAAAUCUGCCAGCAAGCUGGGGGACAACUUCUACGUUCGUCAGGAUGGAACAAGGUCCUACUUCUUCUCUAAAGAGUUCCUGGCUAAGCUGUUUGAGGAGGCUGGUUUCCAGUCUGUUGUUAACGAAUAUGUCCUGAGAGAGACGGUCAACAAGAAAGAGGGACUUUGUGUUGCCAGAGUCUUCCUUCAGAGCAAGUUUAUCAAACCAGCGAAUUCACAGACAGGUUCUGGACUGUUAUCUUACAAAUCUUCGAAGCAGGGCAAACGAGAAGAUUGACAUGUGGAUAGAAAAAACAGUGUCUGUGCUGGGUAAAAUAGAAACUUGGCUCUUAUACUCCAGAUUUCCUGCAGUGUUUGUUCUUUGAUCAAGUAGCUAUUUAAAUUUUUGUGCAGUGAAGAUUUCUCAGUUCAUUAGUCUGCCAGUAUAGGGUUUAGGUGAGGAUUGUUUUUGUAAUGAUAUAUAUAUAUAUUUUUUUAUUUCUACCCUUUUUUUAAAAUAAUGUUUUUAACUGUCUUUGUUAUUUUAUCCAAUGGAAAUAUUAUGUAAAUCUGGAUUGGGUCGGCUCAGAUGGGCCCUUUUCAAAUAGUCUCAAAACCGUAUCAUUGAUCAGCUUUUUUAUUCUUUAAAGUGACAGCGAUGUUAUCUACUCAAAGAUAUAUUCAUAUGCUGGUUAUAUAAAAUAAACCCAAAUCGAGUCACCUGGUUUUCACGUCCCUUGACAUUCAUCAAAGUUUGAUGUAUUCCUGACAAAUAAUAUAGAUAUUAUUGAAGCAUUUUUGAGUGAGAAUAAUAAAUGAGAGAAGGCAA